UGGGAUUUUCACCUGCAGCUCAUAUUAUCAUUUUGGUUGGAAGAAAUAGCAUAAUUUUUUUUUUAAAAAAAGGACGAAAAAAAAGAUCCAUCCAGCAGCAAUUGUUGCAGCGCAUUACAAAUCAGAGAAGUAUGAACAUUGAGAGAAGGCUGACGGUGUUUUCUGUGCUCUUAGCAGCUUCCAGUGGCGAAUGGAAGGCCAGCGUCGUUAAGAGCGUCGACGCCCUGGUAGCUUCCUGUGUGGUGUUGCCCUGCUCGUUCAGCCAUCCCAAAGAACAACUGCCCACCUCCAGACUCAGAGGAAUCUGGCAUUAUGAAGCUCAAAAGGACCGACGCAUUUACCAUCGGGAUAACACAAACGUGUUGGCGAGCUUUCGAGAUCGCACUCGGUUGUUGGGGCAUUUGGGCCAGGGCGACUGCAGCCUGGAGAUCACCGAAGUCAAAGACUACGACAACGGCCCUUUCUGUUUCCGCAUUGAAUUAGCUCGAACAGAAGGCGAUGCGUCAACCCCGGACAAAUUCUCCUUUGUCGAGAAUUGUGUGAUGUUAAAAAUGCUACCUGACCCGCCAAAACCCAUGUUGAUCCACGCCAACAAGGCAUUCGAAGGGCGUCUCUACACCGCCAUCUGCUCGGUGACCCACACUUGCCCCACCCACGCGCCCUCGCUAACGUGGAGCAAGGGGGACCCGCACGACGUCACCACCGUCAUCAGAGAAAUUCGCGGCGGUUCUUGGGAGGUUCAGUCCAUCCUGGCCUUCGUUCCCCAGGCAACGGACGACCACCGAGAUAUCACUUGCACGGCCAACUUUUACGGGUGGAUGUCGUCCUCCGACAACUUCACUCUCUUUGUCAAACGCUCGGAAAAUCAUCACCACAUCAUCAUUCCUACAGUAGUAGCGCUUGUGAUCGCUGUACUCUUUGGAGGACUUUGCAUUGUAAUGGUGAAAAAAUACAAGAGGCGCAUUGCAGAACUUCAAGGUCAGUCCAGCUGGCGGAACCGCCUUUCGAGGCUGUCUCGCAGGUGA